GGAGCCAUGCUGGCCGUUUUUUGUUUUGUACAGGUAGCGGCCAGGAGCGGAGAUGGACGAUUUUGGAGCGGAGGAGAAUGGAUUUGUACAGCUGAAUGGCGGCGGUGGUGGGAGCAGCGAGUUCUUUCCGACAGAUUUCGGCGGCGAUUCUUCCCCGGGGCGUGCAGGCGCUGCCGCCGCGGACCCCUACGGCCACUCAGAAGAAGAUCGGCACUCAGGGCGUUUCCGUGACGAUGGGGAUGACUUUGGUGGCCCCUUGGGUGGCAGUGGCGCUUCCCCGCUGAACGGCAUGUCGGGUGCAUCAGCCCCGCUAGACCUUCCCUUGGAAUCUGAGCUUUUGUACGAGUGGCGGCGGAAGAGAGCUGCUGAACUGGAAGAAAAGGCGGAGCAGGAGAGAGAGAGAAAGGUGGACAUCAUUGAGGCAGCAGGGAGCCUGAGGAGCAAUAUGGCCGCACAGAGAGAAAAAGCGAUGGAGGCGGCACGGCAGAAUAAUCGCGAGAAAGAAAGCGUGUUCUUGUCUGGCCUAGAGGCGUCCAUGUACACCAACCCCGGCGGCAAUUAUUGGGCGACCGUGGCGGGAAUGAUCGAUUUCGAUUCGAAGCCGGAGGAGAAGGUGCCGACGAAAACUGCCACUAAAAGCGGAGCGGACAAAGCAGCGGACAAGAAGAAAUCUGGAGGGGCAGCAUCUGUAGUAGUGAACAAGCCUAAGCCCGGCAAAGCAACAGAUCUGACUCGAAUGAGGCAGCUGUUGCUGAAGCUGAAACACAACCCUGGCGGUGGAAAACAGACGGCAGCUGAGACGAAGGGAAUGAACGACGGUUCGCGACAUGCUCCUCAGCCUGGACCAGUUGCUGCGACCGGGGUGUCAUCUACUCAAUGGAGGGAUAAUGUCUUUUUCUGAGUUUGCAGCGAGUGGAAGACCUGGUCGUUGGAUGGAUGGUAAGAUCGAUGGUGAGGGAGGGGACCCUCUCCAAGCUGAUAUGCUAUGGAGUUGUCCAUCUCUCCAUCCGUUCGGCUGGAUUGAUGUGAUGAUGCUCUGUGGUUCUCAGUCAAAUCCUUCCGUCUUCUUCCGGCCGUCGCCACCUCGAAUGGGCGGGCUAUGGUGCAAGGCCUUGAUGCUCCCUCCCCCGUCACCCCUCCCUCUUUGUCCCCUUUCACUCCAUCUGGUGCCCUGUGUGAUGUUUUCAUCACUCGUCUUGUUUUCCCUUAGAUCACUCUUUUUGUUUUCCCUUACAUAACUCUCUUCUUUUUUCACCUUACAGUUGUUUCUUGUGUGCUCUCUAGAUCUCUCAAUUCACUGGUUGUGCGGGUGGUGAUUCUGGUUCGGGAUUGACCGAACGUGGUUUGAAUCUCUCCUACUCAGUGCAGUUUUCUGUUCUUCUUAUAUCCUCCUGGUGAUGAUGGUUGAUCUUUUGUGGCAAUCCGACCGCUAAAGUCUUAGAAACAUGAAGCUGCCUGGUCUACGUUCUUGCCUGCUCUGCGUGGGUGAUUGCACUUCUGCUUGCUCAUCCCUUUCCCCCUCCCUCCCUUCCUCUGCUUUACACGUCAGAUUAUGGCGCUCUGUAUUGAUUAGCAGGUGAUGAUUCGAUCGUCUUUGCCUCUGUGUCUCUUCUUCUUGCAACCUGAUGGACUCCCCUCUUGCCCCCCUCCCCAUUCCCUAGCUCAACGUCUCGCCCUUCCUCCUCCUCCUCUCCUAGCCCUGAAUCCGAUGUAUUUUCGAUUCCUUGUUUUGAAUGAAGAGAUGGUGAAGAUUUGGAGUUCGUUUAGAUAUCCUGAUUGAAUACUUUAAUAAACGUGGGGUGGCACGAAAUGGAAGGGCUUAGAUGCAAGAUUUAGAAAGGAGUGAGGGCUUUGAAGCCGUAUUUGCUCUUCUUCCGUUGUUUGUGGCAAUCUUCUCUUACCUGGCCCUCUCUUGAUCGAUAUGUUGAGACUUCUCUUCUCUCUCUCUUCUGCUUCUUGUGACCACUUCUUUUGUGGGUUCAUCUGCAGAGUAGACCAAGAAGGGUCUGUGCUGCUCCGCUUGCGUAAGAAAAUGAGUAUUGGUGAUUAUGCAACCAACGCUAGGGGGAGCAUUACCACGGCGGAGGAAUGGGAUUAAACAUAAAGGACAGAGGCUGAGGAAUGGGAAAGAACGAAAAAGGACAGAGGUGUUUGUUGGGUGGUACACGGCUGAUCGUGUGUUAACGGACACGAUAAAUGCUACAGUGGGAG